CGUGUUGGUGUGUUUAUAAAGAGUCGGGGCAGAGGCUUCGCGGGCUCUGGUCGACUGCCGCCGCGCCACCGGCCGCACGCGCCUUCGCGAUUUUCCGCCUCGCGAAACGACGCGAAUUGACGCGUCUUUGUGUAACGUCUUUUUAAACAAUAUAUUAACAAAAAUAUUAUAAUAUCAUGUUCAUCAAGUACAAUAAUUUAUUUGCAUAAUUUUAUAACAUUAAGUGGCUCCAAACUUGUGUGCUUCAGUGAAAUAAAACAGUGAUAACUAUUUAUUGUAUUUAUUUUUGAGAGGACGUUUCUUCUGCAAAUAUUUUGAGAUAUAGUGCGAAACAAAAUUAUGUGGUUUUGGGAAACAACAAGGAAAUAUUUCGUCACAAUAAAGCUACGAGAGGUAGUGUCGUACAAGUGUAGCUUCCGGUAGUCUACCGAUUUGACAUCAAUAUGGAAGAAAAUAGGUUUACUGUCUCCGCCGUGGAGGGAGAAUCCAAAAAGAAUGGCAUCCACAUGGGAGCCAAUAUCAUCACCAGACCUUUACGAACGUCUGCUGAGACCGUAGAACGAGGAGCAGGAAACAAUGGCCAAUCAGACACAUGGCUGCAUGACGCUGGAUGGAGAAGAAAACGCUCAUUGGCCCAACUUACCAGAGAAGCUCUGCCACGAUUGGACAAUUAUAGGAAUUCGAAGAGAGCUUUGAAAAGGCCUAGUCUUGGAGAGCUACAUGGAGAUCAUCUUAUUACUGAAGAGGACGAGAAAGUACAACAACAACAGACGAGAGAUACAAAGUCACCGACACCUGCUAUUGGAAUAAAAUUAGGAUGGAUUCAAGGUGUGCUGAUACCAUGUCUGCUGAACAUCUGGGGUGUGAUGCUAUUUCUCCGCAUAUCCUGGGUAGUAUCUCAAGCGGGUAUCGGACUAUCUCUGGUCAUCAUCGCCAUAUCUGCCUUCGUGUGUGUCAUCACAACACUCUCCAUGAGCGCUAUAUGCACCAAUGGAGAAGUAAAAGGAGGUGGUAUCUACUACAUAAUCUCAAGAUCCUUGGGUCCUGAGUUCGGUGCUUCAGUGGGCAUUAUCUUUGCCUUCGCCAACGCAGUCGCAGCCAGUAUGAAUACGAUUGGUUUCUGCGACUCCUUGAAUGACCUUCUGAAGAGUUAUGACCUGAAGAUAAUUGAUGGUGGACUGAAUGACGUCAGGAUCGUGGGAGCCGUGGCGCUGGUCGUCAUGUGCUUCAUCUGUGCUGUUGGCAUGGACUGGGAAAGUAAAGCACAGAAUUUCCUGAUAGCCAUUAUCGUGGGGGCUAUGGUGGACUUCGUAGUCGGCACUAUAAUGGGGCCGACUAGCGAUCAGGAAAUAGCCAAUGGAUUCGUCGGACUAAGCUCGGCCACGCUGUCGGCCAACUUCAAACCAGACUUUCGGUUCAGCGAGGGAUUGAACCAGGACUUCUUCAGCGUAUUCGCCAUAUUCUUUCCCUCUGUCACCGGGAUACAAGCCGGAGCUAACAUUUCUGGAGAUUUGAAGGACCCAGCGUCUGCCAUUCCCAAAGGCACACUACUAGCGCUGCUCAUAUCUAUGGUGAGCUAUGCAUUGAUGGUGCUGUUCUCUGGCGGUGGUGCCCUGAGGGACGCCAGUGGGAACCUGACGGACCUGGUAUUUGCCAACGGCACUGUUGUUGACUACAGCGGUUUAGCCAGCUGCAUCACUAAUAACGGCACUGAAUUCAACUGUAAAUAUGGACUGCACAACAGUUACUCGGUCAUGCAACUGAUGUCGGCUUGGGGUCCAUUUAUCUACGGUGGUUGUUGGGCAGCCACGUUAUCCACUGCUCUGACCAACCUGCUGUCUGUGCCACGUCUCAUCCAAGCGCUGGGCACCGACCGAAUAUACCCUGGACUCAUUUUCUUCUCCAAGCCCUAUGGGAAGUACGGAGAACCAUACAGAGGAUACGUGCUUACUUUCUUCGUAUCCUUGCUCUUUCUGCUUAUUGCUGAUUUGAACACGAUAGCACCGCUGAUAUCGAACUUCUACCUCGCAUCGUACGCCCUCAUUAACUUCUGCACCUUCCACGCGGCACUCGUGCGACCGCUGGGUUGGCGACCUACUUUCAGAUAUUACAACGUUUGGCUGUCUCUCAUCGGGUUCCUAAGCUGUGUGGCCAUCAUGCUGCUCAUCAGCUGGGUCAUGUCCCUAGUGACCUUCGCCAUCUUCUUCACUCUCUACCUCAUCGUACACUAUAGAGAUCCUGACGUAAACUGGGGUAGCAGUACUCAGGCCCAAAUAUACAAGACAGCUCUGUCGAGCGCCUACAACUUGGCGAAGACAGGCGAACAUGUGAAGAACUACUGGCCACAAUUACUGGUGCUGGCAGGUCGGCCACAGUCGCGACCAGCGUUGGUUGACCUGGGCAACCUCAUCACAAAGGCUGGCUCGCUGAUGAUAGUGGGAGACAUAUCACAGGAACGCGUGUCAUACAAAGAGCGGUCAGUGCGCUUGCGUGCUGAUGCGGAAUGGCUGCGGCUACGCAAGGUGCGCGCGUUCUGCUCGCGCGUUCACGGCUUUGGUUUCGAAGCUGGUGCGCGCGCACUCGUGCAGGCUGCUGGCGUCGGCCGCCUUGCACCCAACGUGCUGCUCAUGGGCUACAAGGCUGACUGGACUACCGCACCAGCUGAAGAUCUAGUCGCUUACUUUAAUGUGCUGCAUACUGCAUUCGAGAGUCGUCUAGCAGUGGCGAUAGUGCGUGUAUGCGGCGGACUGGACUACGGUGCACUGAGUGCUGAGACGGCAGCCAGCAGCUCGCUGACGGGCACGUCGAGCGGGUCGCACGACGAGCUGCGCGUGCGGCGCGCGCCACUCAUCAUGCACGCGGACUCCGACCUCGACAUCACGCGCGCCGCCAGCGCCGACCAGCCGCGACACAACCUCUCCAGUACGUUGUCUCUAGAUGCUACUGAUAGUAUACUGACGUUGUCGACAUCACGGUCGUUCACGAUAUCCGAAACCAACAGCACGAAAGAACGAAAGAAGAAAGACAAGAAGAAUGAUAUGCACAGACAGAUUGUGUACAACACGUCCACUGGCUUGGAGUUGUCCAAAGACCAGUUGUCACAGAUGACAAUAUUCCAAAGGAAGCAGGAGGCAGGUACCUUGGACGUGUGGUGGUUGUACGAUGAUGGUGGGCUGACGAUCCUGCUGCCCUACAUUAUCUCGCAGCGUUCCACUUGGGGUAACUGCAAGCUGAGGAUCUUCGCGCUCGCCAACAGACUGCACGAGAUGGAGCUUGAAGAGAGAAAUAUGGCUAACUUACUGGCGAAGUUCCGCAUAGACUACUCUUCACUAACGAUGGUGCAGGACAUCACAGACCCGCCGCAGCCCGAAACCACGAAACUUUUUGAAGAUAUUACCAAAAAGUUUACUGAAGAAUCUGCCAAUCCAGACUGUUGCAUCAGCGAAACGGAACUACUUACGUUAGCAGAGAAGACGAAACGGCAGCUGAGGCUACGCGAACUGUUGCUGGCCAACUCCAAGGACGCUCGUCUAGUCGUCAUGUCCCUACCUAUGCCUAGGAAGGGUUCAGUGUCUGCUCCUCUGUACAUGGCGUGGCUGGAGAUGAUGAGCCGCGACAUGCCGCCCAUGAUGUUCGUGCGUGGCAACCACACCUCCGUGCUCACCUUCUAUUCUUAAAUUAUUCUAUUAAGUUACUGUUACUACUACAGAUAUAUACUAAUCAAUAGUACGAGUACUUACCAGAAUCCGUAACGUCAUAGUUACUGCAGAUUUUUUGCUGAUGUGGCCAUGUAAAUGGUUCUUUGCGAAUAGCGAUCUGUACUUACCACCAGUAAAUUCAUAGACUGUCAUUUCUUAAAUGAUUACUUCAAUAUUUUGUAUUGAAGCCCUCUGAGAAAAGAUAUCAAGUACAAUUUAAAAAUAUAAUUUACAAGUCAAUGCAUGCAUGAGUUCCAAGUUUUAGAUACCUUUGACUGCAUGUUUUUAUCUACGUAUUAGGGUGACUGUGACACUAUAGAUAUAAUAUAUGUUUUUAUGUAAUAGAAGUACAUUUUCGACAAUGCAAUUUUUUUAGUUACCGUUACUAACAGUACAAUUUUAAAAAAGCAACAGUUACUACCUAUAAUAUUUACAUUCAAGAACAAUUUUGUACUUAUCAUGAAAAUACAGCAUUUUAUCAUUAAUGUUAAGACACUAAAUAGGGCAAAUACUUAGUUAGUGUUACUUAGUACUUAGUGUUAAUUAGAUUAAGUGAAAACAUCGUAGGUUUAAGGUUUUAAAUGAACCAAUAAAAUGAACAAAAUGUUUUACCAAAGCACAAUACAAGUAUUAUGUAAUAAUUAUUUAUGUCUGUAAUUUAGAAAAUGUAUUUUGUUAUCUUAGAGACGAACAACGCACUAAGAAUCACAUUAUUUUGACUCAAACUUCAGUAACAUAAUUACCUUAUUUGGGCAUUUAGGGAUAGAUUUAUUGUUUAGAGCCUGGAUCUUAUGCACCUACAAAGUGGACAAGUUACUUAAACGCAACAAUUUUUAUUUUAAUAGAACAUAGUUUAGACAGAGCCCAAUAUCAAUCCCUGUGGAACACAUAUUAUACACAGGGCCCAAUAUCGAUCCCUGUGGAACACAUAUUAUACACAGGGCCCAAUAUCGAUCCCUGUGGAACACAUAUUAUACACAGGGCCCAAUAUCGAUCCCUGUGGAACACAUAUUAUACACAGGGCCCAAUAUCGAUCCCUAUGGAACACAUAUUUUCUAUUAUGUUUUAUUUUAUUAGCGUCUAUGUACUUUUUAUAAUUUAUUAAAAAUUAAGUUAGAUAUAAGCGAUUUGUGAUUUACUUUCGAAUCUGUUAUUUUUAUAGUUCAUUAACUUAAAUAUAAUUUUAAAUAUUUAUUACUUAACUCACACUGUAUGCUCUCAAUGCUGCGAUGGAGACAUUGUGUUUAACUUAUUUCAAUCCAUUUUAUUUUAAUAGAAAGACAAUCCAAUUUUUGCAAUAAAUUAUAAUUAUCAAUAUUUAAA